GUUGCGGGUGCGACGGCUGUUGCCGUGGUGGUGACCGGCGGGCUGGGCUCCAUCCUGGAGAUGCAGGCGCUCGGCGUGUUGGCGAGGAUGUCAUGCGCCUCGGCGCAGGAGCGUGCGAGCACCGUUGCGCUGCCGUACUUCCUGUCGGUGUUCGCUGCCCUUGAUCCGCUGUGGAUGGUGGUGGGCAACGCGCUGCUCGCCGCGGUGUUCGGCUGCGUGCACUACGGUGUGACGGCGGCCUUCCAGCGGUGGCGCGGCGUGGACGCAGCGAGUGCGUGGGCGGCGAUGCGCUUCCCGAGCCUGACGUACGUAGUGGCGCACGCGAUGCACCUCGGCAUUUUCUUCGGCUCCGUGUUUGCAGUGGCGAUGCCCGGUGCCCGCGCGCAGCACUACGUGAUUGGUGUCGUUGGCGUGCUUUACGGUGUGGCGUUCCCUGCUGGCGUGUGCUACUUGAUUGCCCGCCACACGGGUGCGAGCUUUGCGAAGUACUGGCAGUUUUCGAGGAAGCCGCUGCACGAGCGCCUGCUGUACCCCGUCGGGUAUUGGUACCCCGCGGCGCAGCAACGGAUGUACGGCGGCAUGCUGACGAACAUGAAGGGCAACUACGUGUACUGGUGCGUGUUCCAGCUGUCGGUGCUGUGCGUGGUGGGCCUAAUUGCUGCUGUGCACCCGCCAGUGGGAGUCUGCCACGUCCUGUACUUCUGCAUGGCUGCCGUGCUGCUUGCGGGUGCGGGCGUGGUUGCCUUCACGAACAUGAUGCGCUCGGCCUUCCUGACGGUGAUGCACGCGGCGAGCUUUGUGCUGCUUGCGGCGCUGUGCCUGACCAGCGCGGCCAACCAUCUUGCGCCGAGCGACGGCGGUGCGAGGGCGUACGCGGCUAUCGUGCUGCUGCUGACCACUGUGCUGCUUGCGGCCACUGUGUACUGUGCGGUUGUGUGGUACGUGGAGGACCGCCACUGGCAGGAACUGCGCGAGCCGCAGCGUGGAGGGCUGGAUGCGCUGCUGCACGAUGACGAGGAGAGCGACGAAGAGUUGCGGAAGCACCACGACAGGACAUCAUCGUCGUACGCUUCAGGCAGCGCCGGCGCGUCGUCGUACCGACCACCCGCACCGCCGCAGUGGGAGCGCAUCAUUGGUAGCAACGAAGGCAACCCAGAUACCAUUGACCGUCAGCCGCAGCCACUGGCAGUCGACACCCACUCCAACGCAUUAAGCUUCGUGGACCGUGCAUCAACUACACGUGGGAGCGUGAAUCACGCUAUCCUGUGA